AUGGGAGGGCAUGUUAAGGAUGAGUAUGAAUAUGAAGAGUUAUUCGAGGAUGUGUACUGUAAAGAGGAGCUUUGUACAGACGAGGAUGCGGCGCGACUUGAGCUGUACGCCGACCACCAGGUGAAGGACGAGCUCGUGCUCGGUCCGGAGGUGAUGUUUCCUCCCGAUAAAGCCCAAGCGGCACAAGUUGCCCUAGCAAUGGAAGGAAGGAGGGAAUUAUCCCUGGAAAAAUCUUCCAAGCAUGAGCAAAGUCAGGUUUCAAUGUGUCUCAAACAAUUUGAACUACAAGACUGCGUUGUGCGACUUGAACGCAUACCCCUUUCAUCAGUCAGCAUAUCUGAAUAUGCAAAAGACUCAAGGCAAAGACUUUCCCAUUCUAAUGAUGAUAAUAAAUCAAGAAAGUUCACAAAUAACAUUAAUAAGAAAGUGAAUAAGUCCAAAAUGUACAUUUGCGAUACAUGCAACAAAACAUUCAUGAAAAGAAAGCCAUUUCUCCAUCAUUUGCGUAUACAUAAUAAACCUUACGCUUGUGAUAUAUGUAAAAGAAAGUUUACACUGCAAAGGUAUUUAAGAACACAUGAAUUAGUACACACAGAACUGCGUUUCUCUUGCAAAGUGUGUAACAAGAAGUUUACAACACAGAAAGGUUUAAAAAGACAUGAAUUUGUUAUACACGGAGCGAAGCAUUUGUCUUGUGAUGUAUGUUGUAGAAAGUUCAUGUGGAAAGCUAGUUUGCUCAGACAUAGGCUAAUACAUAGCGGAGAGAAACCGUAUCACUGUGAAAUAUGUAAUAUGCAUUUCAGAUACAAGCACGCAUUAGCUAUUCAUAUUCGACAACACAAUGGUCAGAUUCUAUACUCCUGCGAAAUAUGCGAAAAUAAGUUUUUAUCUCACUCCAAUUUAUGCAGACAUAAGCUGACACACACUAAAAAGUAUAUUUAUGCAUGUGACAAAUGUGGCAAAAAGUUUUUAUAUGCUUCGUCCUUACGCAAUCAUAAAAAUAUUCACAACAGAGAAGAAACAUUCCAAUGUGAUAUAUGUGAGAAAAAGUGUACCACCAAGAAAAGUAUAAUCAAGCAUUUGUCAACGCAUUUGAAGGACCGACCUCGACCUUUUUCUUGCAAUAUGUGUAGCAAAAAGUAUUUUAGUAAAAGGGACUUAACUCUGCAUAAACUUACUCACACCAGCGAAAAGCUAUUCGUGUGCGAUAUUUGUGAAAAGGCAUUCAAGUGCAAACAUUAUUUAUUAAGCCAUCAUAUCCGAAUUCAUAGUGGGAAGAAACCACAUUCUACUCGAGGUGAAACUAAAAAGCCUCACAGCUGCGAAAUAUGCGGAAACAAGUUUAGAAUUAAAUCACGUUUAACAAGACAUCAGCUGAUUCAUAGUGGAGAGAAACCACAUAGUUGUGAAAUAUGUAAAAAGUCCUUCAGACAUGAAUCAACGUUAACCUGUCAUAUGAGAACACACACUGGUGAGAAGCCGUAUAAAUGCGCAGUGUGUAAAAAACGAUUCGCCACAAAUAGCUAUUGGAAUAAGCAUAAGCGACAAGUACAUAAGUAA